CUUAAAGUUGAUGGCAAACGGUAGGAUAUAAGUUAUCGCUUAUAAAUGAUUCAACACUGAAUGUUUUUCUCUCUCUUUUUUUAAAGUAUUUUUCUGUACAAAACUUUGUCACUGUUUUUUAUUUACUAAAUACUUAUCAAAUUAAAAACGUAAACAAGUACACAAUAAGAAGAUGAGUCUUAUAGUUGGAUAAAAUUUGCAUGAAACAAGUUACAUAACUGAUUGAAUCCCAACCUAUGAAACAAUAAAUAUAAAAAUUAGAAUAACAAACAAUACAAUGAAAGACAGUAGCUACUGAUAAGAACUAUAUAUGUCGCGGUCAACCAUGUUUUAGUCUCUCUCGAAUUGUCUUUCAUUCCAUGUGAUAUCGUGAUAUCAUAAAAAUUAGCCUAUAAGCAAUUCUAGAAUUUGUAUGAGGCAUUAACAAAUUAUUGAUUUAUUUUAUAUUUAAAUAUUUUAGUUUUUAAAUUUAGUUAUAAAAUUAUAUUAAUGUAUUAUAAAAUUACCUAUACAAAAAGUAAUAUUAUUGCUUAAUUUAACAUUUUAGACUAAUUUAGAUUACUUAGACCGAUUUAUACCAUUUACACCAAAUUUAUGGUUUGUAUAAACUGGAUUUUCUAAAAUAAGUUUCGGAAAUGGCCACCUAGGCGCCGCACAAAAUGAUUUUAAUAUGAUAGGAACAUUUUUUAAGAACAUAAGAGUCUUUAAAUUUGGAAAUAUUCAAGUAUCAUCUUUUGUUAUGGAUGUUUGCUAGUGAAUAUUGAAUGUCUGACUUAAUCGAGAAAAUAUCAUUUUCUGUGCAUAGCUUUUUUAUCCUGGUAUAUGACAAUUUUAUGACUAAAAACAUCAUUAUCCCUAAAAUCCCAUUUGGAGUUUUUAUUAUUUUUUUUGUCUGAUUGAAAAAAAAGUUAAAAACUAACUAAUCGCAGACCGCUACAUAGUGGAGUCUGCGAACAGUACAAGAACUCCAGCAAACUCACCUUGCAAAAAAUGAGGAAAAUGUGGAUUUUAACAAAAUUGUGGGACCAAUUUCUUAAAACCCCACUUAAGAGGUGGUGAUAAUGAUGCUCUAAGAUCCAUACAUCACUAGUUACUUUUCUAUCCAUACAUCAGAUGUUAAAUGAAGAACAAAACAGCCAAACAUAUAGUAUUAAGGAACUGAAAUAUAAAACGAAGAGUAAAUGUGUUCAUUGAUAACACAAAUUAAAGUAAAUGGUGAUUUAUAUGUAAAAAAUGUUAGGUCACUCUCUGAUAAGCUUGUCCUUCUCUUUUGUAACAUGGCAAGCUUGUCUACUUGUGGUGUUCGAGCGUAUAUAAAUUAUUUGAAAUCUAAAAAGUUACGGCAGAAGUAAAGGCAGAUGAAUUAAAGAGCCGUUGAUAAAACAGCAGAAGUACAAUAUCUAUGUGUGUAAAGCCAACCACAAAGAUCAACGCAUGUUGGUCUCUUUAAUUACAUUUUACUAGUUUAGUUUAGUAUAAAGCUUACAUACAUACGUUCCCCAUUGUUCACUCAGACAAUAAGGUAUCUAACGCCAUCAAAAUCUCAUAAACUCUUUUGUUUUUGAAUUGAGGUUUAUUCAAUGGCGAAUCAUCAAGCAGUUCUUGCAGCAUUCUUCCUAUUCGUUUUGGCCGUCAUCUCCAACUUCGAGCUCUCCGCUUCUUCGCUUGUUCGUGGCAGGGUCUCUUGCCUUGACUGCCACCGUGAUUUCGACUUCUCAGGCAUUAAGAUUCUCCUGAAGUGUGAUGGAGAGAAGAAACCUAUGACCGCCAUGGCGGCUUCAGAUGGAUCUUUCCAGUCAGUGCUUCCAACCGCCAAUAAAAAAGUCUCUAUGAAAUGUCUUGCAAAGAUAUUGGGCGGUCCUGAGCAACUCUAUGCUCACAAACACAACUUGGUCUCUGAACUGAUCAAGUCCAAACACGAGUCCGAAGUGUUGACUACAUCAAACCCACUUUCGUUCUCUCUCUCAUGCCCAAAACCAACCGGAGAUAACGUCGGAAUCACGAUUGGAGAUUCGAAGCCGGUUGAUUUUCCGGGAAUGGGAGGUUUUGGAUUCCCACCUGCUAGCUUCUUCCCUUUCUUACCAAUCAUUGGCAUCCCGUGAUUUAGUUAAAUGUGCUUUGAUAAAACAUGCAGACGUAUUUGUUGGGUACGUCAAAUCUUAAACGAAUUAAAGAGAAUCAAGAUUUAAAAAAAUUACUAGAAAAUUAUAAAGUCUUAAUUUUCUUUCGUGAGAUAAA